AUGUUCAAGGUGUUGCCAAUCCGCUCCCUCGACCUCGCCCCCUGGACCUGGCAGAGCAGCUGGAACAGUGACAUGCCCUCCUUCUUCCAGGGCAUGCCCAACGGUGUCUACGACAACAUCUACGACGACCUUGAUACCUCAACUGUGUCCUACCACACCACUGAGCCUGUCGACCCCACCGAGUAUCAGGAGCAUUGGCUCGGAGAUGUCAUCAAAAUCUACUAA